AAGCCAUAUAUGGAGUUCAUUUUUGCAUUCCUACACUCUUCGCUGGCAGCCCUGUCUUCUUUCUUACUAUUUCUCUACUGUCUAUUAUGGAUUUCAAGAAGAAAUCAACUGUAUAACAAGCGUUUACCACCGGAAGCUAGCGGUGCAUGGCCUUUUGUUGGCCACCUUCCUCUAUUUGGGCCAAAAAAACCUCCUCACGUAGUCUUGGGCAAUCUGGCUGACAAAUACGGGCCAAUCUUCAGCAUAAAGAUGGGUGUGCAUCGAACUGUGAUCGUGAGCAGUUGGGAAAUGGCUAAAGAGUGUCUAACUACCAAUGAUAAAGUCUUCGCCAACCGUCCAAAGAUGUUAAUGUCGGAGAUCCUGGGCUACAAUUCCGCCAUGGUUGGCUUCAGCCCGUACGGACCUUACUGGCGUCAAAUUCGCAAGAUAGCCACGCUUGAACUCCUCUCUACCCACCGACUUAAGACGUUCAAACACGUACGAGAAUCCGAGACGAAAGCUGCUCUAGAAGAGAUGUAUGAGCUAUGGGAUAAGAAUAAAAGUAGCACCCACGAAACUAAGGUGAUGCUGGAGAUGAAGAAAUGGUUUGGAGACAUAGCGUUAAAUGUGAUUUACAGGAUAAUUGUAGGUAAGAGAUAUGUGGGGAAUACAACAUCAAGUGAGGCUGAAGAGAAGGAUCCGUGGCGAGAUUCAAUAAGGAAAUGGUUUGAAUUAUCGGGGAAAUUUGUGAUAUCAGAUGCAAUUCCGUCUCUAAGGUGGUUGGAUUUGGGAGGAAUUGAAAGGGCUAUGAAGAAAACAGCAAAAGAACUAGAUUAUUAUGUUCAACAAUGGUUAGAAGAGCACAAGCGGAAUAGAGCUUCUACCAAGGUGAAGGGUGACCAAGACUUCAUGGACGUGAUGCUAUCCAUUCUUGAGGACACAACAGAAGAGAUCGCCAAUCAUGAUGCUGAUACUACCAUUAAAGCUACAUGUCUGGCUCUUAUCAUGGCGGCUUCGGAUACCACAACAGUUACAUUGACAUGGGGUCUUUCGCUGUUACUCAACAACCGUGAUGUCCUACAGAAAGCCCAACAAGAAUUAGACACCCACAUCGGUAGAGAAAGGUUACCAAAUGAAUCAGACAUAAAGAACUUGGUGUAUCUCCAAGCAAUCAUCAAGGAAACGCUACGUUUAAGCCCAGCCGCAGCCAUGACAGUUACACAUGAGUCUUUGGCUGAUUGCACAGUGGGUGGCUACCAUAUCCCUGCAGGCACACGAAUGUUUGUUAAUCUCUGGAAAAUUCAUCAUGAUCCACGUAUAUGGCCAGAUCCUUACCAGUUUAAGCCUGAAAGGUUUCUUACAACCCACAAGGAUUUCGAUGUCAAAGGUCAGAACUUUGAAUAUAUACCGUUUGGAAGCGGUAGAAGAAUGUGCCCUGGCUUCUUAUUUGCAUCUCAGAUUAUGCAACUAACGAUGGCUACAUUGCUCCAUGGAUUUGAAAUUUCAACACCGUCAGAUGAAGUGGUUGAUUUGGGAGAGAGUUUCGGGACAGCCAACCUCAGAUUCGCCAAACUCGAAGUCCAUCUCACUCCACGCCUGCCCCUUCAUCUUUACAAGCAGAAUGACUAG